ACUAAGUAGAGGAUUGGCAGAUAAAUCGAUACUGGUUGUUUUCCUUCUUUCACCAAAAUCAGACGAACGCGGCGAAGAAAUUAGAUACUUUUUUAAAAGCUCAUGAGUCAGAUUACAAUUCAGAAUUGAGAGAAUUGAGAGAUAACGAAUCGAAUCGAAUCGAGAGGAUGUGGUUAGAGAUCAUCUGCGGGCUGAUAAUAUACAAGUUUUACAGGUGCUUCGUCUCCUCCGAUGACGACGAUGUCUUGGACGUGGAGACCUCUGAUUCCAAGGCUCUCUUCUCCGUCGGCGACAGACUUGCCAAGCUUUACGGCGGCAAGGUCUACGUCGGCCUUCGCAUUCCCGAUGCUGAUACCGCUUCCCCUCAGACCAUCGAUUUGGUCCUCGUCUCCAAAGGGGAGGCAGUGGUCGUGAGUGUAAAGAAUUUAUCAGGAUUAGUUUCAGUGAAUGCGGAUGGCAGCUGGGUUUGUGAAAGCCACAGUAGUAAUCACAAAGCGCACCACCUACCUGACCCUAUCGCAGAUCACCAAAAACAAGCUUCAAUUCUUGAAUCAUAUUUAGAACAAAGAGGGUGUGCUUUACCACAAGGAUAUUUGUCUAGCAAAGUAAUACUUUCCCAUCCAAAAGUUUGCACCACUCAGUCAAGCAAUUUUCCAUCAGAAGUUGUAACCUAUGACCAGUUGAUGCAGCUGAAACCGGAACCACAAAACAUGUUUUCUGGUUGGAUUAAAGGUGCCUUCCGUGGUGGAAAGAAAGAGAUGCAAGAAUCUAUAUGUCAGAAGCUUGAUUUCAUUCUUAGUACGGCUCCAAUGUGGGAUAGGUUGGAGCUCGAAGGUAGUAAGUAUAUUCUUGGUGAAUUUCUGGAAUUUAAGGGUAAGAAGGAAGAUGUUCAAGCUUUGAAAAGUAUCAAAAGAUCAAAAAUUGGCCGCCUUGUUGUCCAAAAGACAAGCAUUCUUGGAUUUGCCCCUUCAAGGCUUCAAGUUCUGUACUCUCCUCGUGAUUAUCGGAGCGAAGGAGCUUCAGCUUCCAAGUGGAUGGAGGUAAAUGUAAGGUCUAGUACAGAGGUCCUCUUCCAACCAGAAAAUUCUUCUAAAGUCCGCAAGUUUAAGCUCUCUUCAGUCGUCUCUAUGUCACUGAGUGCUUAAAGAUUCCUCGUGCUGAAUUCAUCCACACAUCUGCAGUAGCCGUGAAUUAUAUGUGUAAUUGUGUCGACCCUUGUACCGAUGUUGAUUUCUUUUGGAUAUUGCAGGGAUGUCGAUAUGAAAAUGCUAAUAGGAAUUUGAAGUAAACAUUACAAUUUUUUUUUUGAGGAAAAAUACUUGGGUGCGACUGUAGAACUGUCAUGUGGUUACUUAUUGCGUGUGAAAUGAAACAUCAUGUGGUAAUGUCGCACCCAAGUAGUUAUGGUGUUUUAGGCCAUUGUGUAAUUUUUGUUGAAGAAUGAAUGAUAUAGUAUAAACUAGACGGAUCCAAACA